AGUUCAAAUUGAUAUUCCUAUUGUUGCACAGGGGCUAGCUAGCUGCUGGAAUGGCUGUGACUCAUGCUGAUCUUGCACCAAGUCGCUCUAGCACCAAUUUAGGUAGCAAAAUGGGUGCAUUUCUUAUGGUAUUGUCAAUACUUCUUGGCCUCUUUUGCUUCAUUCUCUCCCUCAUUGCUGAGGCUACGCGUUCUCAGGUGACAAUGAGUGGUAAAGAUGAAUGCACAUAUAGUGGUAGUGGGAAGACUCCUCUGUUGUGUGCUAGUGGUGCAUUUUUUGUUCUGGCUAUUGCCAUGGUCAUUGAGCACACUUACUUGUUGAUUGUUGUGAGCAAAACAACUCCUCCUCAUAUACUUUAUUGGGAUCCUCAUUCCCCAUCUGUCAAAACUCUUGUUUGGCAAGCUGGCUUCUUCUUUGUUUCUACAUGGGUUUCAUUUGCUGUUGGGGAGAUAUUGUUACUAAUAGGGCUAAGUGUAGAGUCUGGACACCUAAGACACUGGGAAAUACCAAGAGAAAGUUGCUUAGUACUAGGACAGGGGUUGUUCUCUGCUGCUGGAGUUUUUGGCCUAUUGACAGUUUUCUUGGCUGCUGGUUUAUACAUCACAGCUCUUCGUGCACAAAGACUCUUACUUCAUCAAGAAAGCAUUAGUCGUCAAGUCCUGGAAACCUCUAUGCUUUUUGCAUCUCCGCCAAGAUCUCCUCGAACAAUCAUUAGACCUGUUCCUAAUGAAAAUCCCAUUUCAAGAACAGAUCAGAGUAAUAUUGAACAUGAUACUAUUUCAUUAGCACAGUACCUAUCUGACUUUGACAAGUACUUGCACUUGGUUUGAAGUAAGCCACAACAAUUUCUAGAUUUUAAAUGCCUAUACUAUAUAUAUUAUCAUGAAUGUGGUGUCAAAAACCCUUGAUUUCGCUGCAAUUCAUCAUGUCUGAGGAAAAAACAUCUAGCUCGUGUUUUUUUUCUUUUUCCUAACAAGAUUGAUUUGUAUAUAAUUUUUACCAACCCUUUUUUGGUUUAUGGACAUAACUGUUUCUAA